GUCGUACGGAGCGUAUCGCGUCUUGUGAUUAAAUAUAUAAUGGACUUUUAUUAUUAAUAAACAGUAAGUGAACUAUUGUGAAAAUGUGGGGCGAAAGUAGCAAACAUUGUGAGAUGAACUGUCAGUGCUCUGGGCUCAUCACAGAAAACUUCAGAAUAAAUUCCGGUAACAAUGCAACAAAACGCAAACAAGAGGAGGCCCUAUCUCACAACUACAAGAUAAAAGUUCGACCACAUUCCAUAGACUUCAAUAAACAAAGCUCCCCGAUAACACCACAGCGGAGAGUCCUCGGAGAGAUACAGUCACCUACACAACAAAACGUCUUCAACAAUAUACAGAACUCGCCUAUCACACAACGAAAAGUGUUUAGCGAUAUACAUAACUCACCCAAUAUACAAAGGAAUUCUCAACUACAAUCGAAUUCGCCGAUCACACAACGAAAAUUUAGCGAUAUCAGUUCACCAUCUCGCCGUGUGCUAGGUGACAUACAGAAUUCACCAUUUAACGGUACUCCCAAUAGAUUAGAAAAAUCACCAUAUUCACACACAGUAUAUUCACCAAAACUAACACCACUAUAUUUAAAAGAGUCACCGUUAUACAAAAAUUCGCCUACCAUGGAACGCUUGAGGUCUCCGCUAAUAGAUGCAAGGGAACGGAAACGGAAUAGAAUUUCCAGAAUAUUCGAGGAUCGAAAUAAGUUUCGUGCAAAUAAAGAGAAUGAAAGAUUCAAUAUUGAGGAAGAGACGCAGGAUUGUAUGUUUGGACAGUUCGAAACAAAGAGCAAUUGGUCCGAAACCAAGUUGGACUUCACGAACCUCCAAACUAAAGCAGACAAAUCCGACAUAUAUGUACCCGAAAAGACUCUCCCCGUAGACACAGACUUCGAAACCCUCCACGAUUUGGAAGAAGAAUUCGAUGCCCAAAACUUUGACGAGUGCAAAUACGAAAUCAUAUCUACAGAUAGUCCCAAUAUAAUAUCUAGUGGAAGGUCGAAUACAAGGAAAAUCAACGCUGGCAGCUUCAUUUUUGGUGCUCCAUUGUCUGACAGUGAAACAUCCACAUCUUUUAACAAACCAACCACUUCUAGAGCUCUGGACUUUAAAAAUGAACGAACUAAAUCUACUAGAGUGUUAAAUUUCGAUGAAGACUUCGAAUUUACUUCUCCGAAGAAGACGCUGUCUGUGAAAAAGAGCUUAAAGUUCUCGGAGAGUCCAAAAUUGGAGAAAUCGAACAGUAUUACAUCAAUUAGUUCAAUAUCGAAGCGCUUAACCUCAGAAUCGGUGGAAAGUGGAUUCAUUUCGGAAUUUGAAGAGCCAUUUUUGGACAUAGAAGAAAUAUCAAGCUCGCCCAAAAUUUCGAACUUUAGUGAAUUACUCUCCGGUCAAAUUAAAGAUAGUUUUACGGAGAAAUUGAAAGUGCACAGGAGUUUGAGUUUCGAUCCGAGAGAGAAUAAUAAGAGAGUGAGUGAAGAAGAAAGUUCUAGUAGUAAGAGAUUGAAAUCUGAACAUGUUAAGAGGCCCGUCUUGCAACGUGCUUUUUCGGAAAAUAAUGCGUCGAUUAUGUCUGCUUUGGCAAGGUCUGCCUGCGAACCAGAUCUCAUCGGUGACUUCUCCCUACCCUUCGCAUUACCACUCACCACCGGAGACCAUGUAGACCUGAAGUCGAUAUCCUGUGAUACCCUCGCUGCUCUGAUCAGAGGAGAGUAUCAUGAGACUGUGCAUGAUUAUCAGGUAAUAGACUGCCGCUACCCCUAUGAAUAUGAAGGUGGCCACAUCCUCGGUGCCAAGAACCUGUACACGAAUGAUCAGAUCCUGGAGCUGAUGGAGGCUGUUCCGAUGAGGGAUGGCAGCAAACGGAGUAUCCUGGUGUUCCACUGUGAAUUCUCACUCGAGCGGGGGCCUAAAUUAUCCCGUUUCCUCCGUUCAACGGAUCGCGCACGUAACAAGGACAAAUACCCAUACUUACAUUACCCGGAAGUAUAUUUAUUACAUUCCGGAUAUAGAGCGUUCUUUUCCCGCCACCCGGAACUGUGCACGCCAACCGGAUAUACCGCCAUGUUGGAUCCGAAGCAUCGUCAAGAAUUGAGGUUACAUAGAGCGCCGAAGCGAAAGGCCUUCCGGUCUUUCCAGUAGACCGAAAAGACCGAGGUGGAGAGAAAUUUGAGUGGUUUAGGGUGUGUGGUGGUCUUUUCAGUAGACCGUUGUGGGAUGUUGUCUUUUGAGUAGACUGUAUAGUAUAAUGGUAUGUUGAGAAGACCACUGUGGAAGAGUUUUGAAUGGAAAGUGGUAUGUGAGAAUUGUAUUGGUCUUUUGAGUAGACCGUAAGAAUGAUUGUUAAGUUGAUUAUGUAAAAUGGUGGUCUUUUUGUUGAUAGACCAUUGUAUUGUAAAAUAUAUUUUGUGCUAGAGAAGAAUAGACUAAUGGUCUAUUAACUAUUUGCAUUGAAUAGACCACCAUUAAAUACUAGUACUGAAAGAUCUUGUGAUAACGGUCUUUUGAUAAACAAUUCUAAAAGACCGAUUUAUAGACUGUUGUAUAACGUUACUUGAAAAGACCAAAAGAAAAGAGUAAA